CCGCAAAAAAAAAAAAAAAAAAAAAAAAUUGGGCAAGAGACUUGAACAAAUAGAUUACUGAAGUGAGCAAGUACAUUCUUGAUUUUUUGCACUAAAAAAUAAAGGAAAUGCACAUGAAAACCACAACCCAAUACCACUACGCCUCUAGAAUGGCUAAAGGUACAAAGUGUAACAAGGCCAAAUAUGGGCGGGGCUGUGGAGCAAGCAGAUUGGUCAUACACCGAUCGUGGGAGUUCAAACUGAAACAUGUUUGGUAGCAUCUACUAAAGCUGAGCCAAAUGACCCAGACAUGACCAUUAGGAACUCCACAGCACAUCCCAACAGAAACUGUGCACAUGUGCGUCAGAAGAUAGUAUUCAUUAGCCCAAAGUGGAAACAGUAGAAUGGGUAAAUAUGUAGUGAUUUCUUUUUUUUUGGCCGCGGCAUGAGGGAUCUUCGUUCCCUGACCAGGGAUCAGACCCGUGACCCCUGCAGUGGAAGUACGGGGUCUUAACCACUGGACCACCAGGGAAGUCCCUGUAGUGAUUUUUAAACAAGCAAGUACCAUAUGGCAACGAAAAUGAACUAUAGUUAUGUACACAGGAUAACACUGAGUGACAGAAGCCAGUCACAAAACAACAUAGACAUAUGAUUCCAUUUGUGCACAGUUCAAAAACAAGCUAAAUAAUCUGUGGUGUUAGAGGCCAAAAUAGUGGCUCCUUAUGGGAGGUAGGGAGUGGGUAGCGAUUAAGAAGGAGAAUGAAGAGGGCUGCUGGAAUGCUGGAAACAUUCUCUUUCUUGACCUGGGUGUAGGUUAUAAGGAUGUAUUCAUCUUGAGAUCAUUCAACGAGCUACAUACAUUUAUGAUUUGUGCACUUACGAACAUGUGUAUUUUAUUUCAAGAAGACAUUAAAAAUAUUCUCAUGAAUCACAUUAGAAUGGUUGCCUACAAGGGGGCCAGGAAUGUAAAAAUGGGUAUAGAAGAGAAUAAAUAGGUUGGUAGGUGGGUGACAGACAUAUAAGCAGCUGACUAGGUAGAUGAAAUGGAGCCUGGGCUAGCAACAAUUCUAGAGUUUUGUCUUGUCUAAUAUGGACACAAGUUACAGGUGGUUACUUUAAUUUUAAAUGGGUUAAUGAAAUUAAAUUAAAAAUUCAGUUCCUCCAUUACAUUAGUCACAUUUCAAGAGCUCAGUAGACACAUGGAGCCAUUGCCUUCCACAGUGGACAGCACAAAACACAGAAAAUUUUCAUCAUCACAGAAAGUUCUAUUAGACAGCAUAAAUGGACAUGGAUAAGAUCUCCUGGAGAAAAGAGGUAGUUAUAGAAAGAAGCAGAGAAAGAGAAUCUAGGACCACCAGUUUUUUAAAAUUGCAGUAUAGUUGAUUUACACUGUUAGGCCAAUCUCUGCUGUACAGCAAAGUGACUCAGUUAUACAUAUAUAUACAUUCUUUUUUUAUAUUCUUUUCCAUUAUGGUUUAUCACAGGAUAUUGAGUAUAGUUCCUUGUGUUAUACAGUAGGACCUUGUUGUUUAUCCAUUCUAAAUGUAAUAGUUUGCAUCUACCAACCCCAGACUCCCAGUGCAUCACUCUCCCUCCCCACCUCCCUCCUGGCAACCACAAGUCUGUCCUCUAUGUCAAAAAGUCUGUUCUGUUUUGUAAAUAGGUUCAUUUGUGCCAUAUUUUAGAUUCCACAUAUAAGUGAUAUCAUAUGGUAUUUGUCUUUCUCUUUCUGACUUACUUCACUUAGUAUGAUAAUCUCUAGUUGUAUCCAUGUUGCUGCAAAUGGCAUUAUUUCUGAGGACCACCAAUGUUAAAGGGGUUAUUAUAGGAAACAGACCAAAGUAACACAAGAUCCAGAAGAAAGUGACAUCAUGGAAACCAAGACAUUAGAAAUUUUUGAGGAGGAAGCAUUCAUGUCAAAUGUUAAAGAGGAGUUAGAAUCAAGUGGGAAGUAAGAGGUGACUGGAGGAUUUAGCAGGACAGUUUCGAUGCACAUGGAAGUCAGAUUGUGGUGGGUCAAAGAGAGAUGGGUGGGGAGGUGAAGAACAGGAACAUAGCUGUAGCAGGUCUGAAGUUUCAAGAAGGUAAAACAAAUAAAGGGAAUUUCCAUAAAGCAAGGGAGCAGAUGGCCAGUGCCGUAUAGGAGGAAUAAAAGAGAUUAGCCUCAGCUCGGGUUCUCAGGAAAUGACACAUGCAGGAAAUGAUGUCUGGAUUCCAGGCAUGGAGUUAGCAGGUAGAAUAUGAAGAAGAGUGUUCCAAGUGGAAGGAACUGCACAGGCAAUGACAAGGUGGAAGGUGCAGGAAAUGGAGCGUUAGGGCUUGAGAUAGUCCUGCCAAGAGUGUGAACUUGCUUUCACAGGGACAGGGAAGCAUGGAAUUUCCUUGAGCAGGGGAGGAACAAGAUCAAGUUUGAACCUCAGGGAGGUUAGUGGCAACUUGUGCAAGAUGAAGGAGCUCCCCAAGGGGGUCCAGAGACCCUUGUGGGAUCCAGAGCAUGAAAGAACGAAGUUCAAAAUUGCCAGAAAAUCUGCAUUGAGCUGCAGAGUAAAUUGUCUCCACCUGUACCCUGGAUCUCUAAAACCCAGACAAGCCAGAGGGUCCCAGGGGUCUCAAGUCAUAUGACCAGUACAGACCUGUCCCCUACAGAUCUUGUCAGCAGGGAGAGGAUAGAGGGCUUGGACACACAAACGCCCCUUGUUUGGGCUCAGAGCAGGGCUGCCAGUGGCAGGAUGGAUGUGAUUUCGCUGACCACAAAGAAGUGUCCCCACAGGUUAUCUCGGCGGGUUCUCAGUGGGGUUUCUGAGAAUCGAUAUGAUAUGGAGUAGGGUACAGGGUGCGUCAUACCAUACCCACCCACCACAUUCACACCCCCUGGGCUCUGAAAGGAGGGAGAAGGUCCCAGGGGUGUCAAAUAUUAAAUUGUGAGGUUUCCCACCACCGCCGCCCCACUUCUGGGGACUCUGGCCGCAGAAUGCAACAAUGGGUUUUGAGGAGGGGGAAGGCAUCUCUCUGGGGUCAACCAGGGGAGACCUCAAGGCUCAGAGAUUGGGGGGCAGAAUCACCUCUCAGUCUUACUCUAAUUUUCUGCUCCCUCAUCCCUUGUUUCUCUGAGUGUCUCAGGCUAAACAAGGUGUAUCCGACAGAAGAUUUUGACAUCUUGGUUUGCAAUAGCUGUUUCCUCCUUAGGAAUCCCAGCAGCCCCUCGUCCCGGUCCUUUUCCUCAGGUACUCAGGCACCACUCCCCACAAAGCUCUCACUCCCCAUUGGUCCCCUCACCCCUGCCUGUUUCUUAAUAUGUCUGGUUCUUAUCCGGUCUCUUGUUUACUCACCUCAUUUUCCUGGUUGACCUUGGGGCCCAUUCAGCUCUGAGCCUUUCUCUCUCCCUCUGGGGACCUGCCCUGGGUGGGGCUCUAACAGCCCCCAUCCACCCCGACCAUGCAGAGGCCCAAGCCUUGUGAUAAGAGAGGAGAAGUCCUGGGGGCAGCAGCUGCUGGGGUGUUGUCCAAGAGUACACCCAGGCUUUGCAGCUGCUAUUUCCAGGGGAGACUCCCCAGGCAAUGAGUCCUGGGACUGGGCGGAGGAGAGCAGGGCAUGGGUUGGGUCAGCCCCUCAGGAGGAAUGGACUCCACCUCAGAAUGCCCACACCACCUCUCAGCUAUCUCUGCUUCUGUGACCUACACCCCCAACUCCCAUCCCAGGCAGAUUUUGGGGUGAUGGGGGCACAGAAUCACCCAAAACUUGUUCAGCGAGUCCCGUCUCAGGAAAAAAAAAACACCUCCCAGAAAACAAAUUCUCCAGAAAGUGAAGCCCAGUGUCUGCGUGGAACCAGGAAACAGGGUCCUGCAUCAUUCUUUACACACAGCUCCAGCCCCCAGGUGCCACCUGCUCCCCACCUCAAACCACACCAGAAGAGCCUGCCUCCCACCUACACUCCUUGAGAGUUUACAGAGUGCCCUCUGGGAGACAAGUAAGCCCAGUGAAGCUAGUUUUGAUGUUCCUAUUUUGCAGAUUAGGUACCCAGGAGGCCCUGUUGGUCUGGGGGUGGAGGUAUUGUGUCCCACAACAAAGUCCUGAGUCAGGUGCUCAGGUUCCUGCACACCUCAGACACCUGCCCCCCACCCUGAGUGGUUGGAAAGAGGAUAUGCGUGGCUGGGGACCAGGGAACAGCUUGUGGGGGGUGGGGACCCGGAUGUGGGUCCUUCACUGUUGUUCCUGGCAGGAGACAAAGGAAAAAAAUGUAGCCAUUGAACCAGCAAACAAGACCAAAUGCCACCUUCGACUCCUGCUCCCCACCCCCUGGGGACCCAGCUCCAGGCCCUCAGCACCCUGCUCCCCAGCUGUUUCUCUCAGGGACACCACCCUUCCAGGACUGACGUUUCCAGCAGGCUCCCCAGGCACAGCCACCAGCUGUUCUCACACCCCUCUCAGGACUCAGGCAUUCAAGCUUGCCCUCCACCCUUCUCAGGCCCUCAGGGGCCCCAUUCCAGCUGGCCCUGGGAUCAGCAGCCUCCUCCGAGAAGUUGGCAUCAUCUGCCUGGCAGGUGGCCCAGGGUGUGGCCUGAGGAGUCCAGAAACUCCACUAUAUAGCCCGGCCCAGGGAACCUGGGGCUAGUCCUGCAGCUCCGGGAACCUGCAGGCGAGAGAGGCUGCAUCCCCUUUGGAAGUGGGACAUCAGGUCCCCUACCCUUGCCCCUGGCUCUAGGCCUCCCCAUCCCACUCCCCGCAGACCCACUGGACAUCCAACUCCCUAUCCUACCUCUCUCCUGCCCUCCCUGCCCAGCCCCCAGGCCCACCAGAUGUCCAAUUCCCCUUACACACACACUGGCCCUUGGAUUCAGCCCACCUCAGCCUUCCUGGUGCCCAGGCAGCCCUUGUCCUGAGACUGGGCCCUUUUGUCCUCUGGCAGGAGGGGCAGACCGCCUCCUAUGACCCCCUCUCUUUCUCCACUGCAGACAUGGGUUCUCUGCGGAGCUGGUGGCUGCUCUGGGCCGGAGCAACCCUCCUGUGGGGUUUGACCCAGGAGGCCUCAGUGGACGCCAAGAACAGCGGGGGGGAGGAAUUCCUCACGGCCUUCCUGCAGAACUAUAAUCGCGGGUACAGCAAAGCCUACCUCUACCUCCUCCUCUCCAGUCUGUCGGACAACCUCACCUCAGUCUCCAUCCUCAGCCAGGUAGACGGCACCUCACAGAAGGUCACUGUGAGGCCCGGGCAGUCAGUCAUGGUCAACAUCACUGCCAAGGCUGAGAUGGUCGGCAGCAGUACCUUCCAGCGUGCGGUGGUGGUCCACUCUGACCGCACCAUCUCUGUGCAGGCAAUAAACGCUAAGCCCAACACAGCAGAUGUGACACAGCUGUGGCCUGUCCGCGCCCUAGGCACUGAGUACUUUGUGUUCACACCCUCCAGCGCUUCGUCCCGGAAUCUCAAGGAGUUUGCUGUGGUGGCGGGUGCAGACGGUGCCUCUGUCAGUAUACAGCUGAAGGGGUCAGUGACAUUCCAGGGCAAGUCCUACUCAGCGGGCAAUGUCCUGAGUGUGACUCUGGACCCCUACCAGGUGGCCCAGGUGCAGAGCACAGCUAACCUCUCAGGGUCAAAGGUCACCGCCAGUAGCCCCGUGGCUGUCCUCUCUGGCCACAGCUGUGCCCAGAAAAACACGAACUGCAACCAUGUGGUGGAGCAGCUGCUACCCACAUCUGCCUGGGGCACCUACUAUGUGGUGCCCCCUCUGUCCUUGCAGACCCGCUCCGACCUGGUCUAUGUCGUGGCCAGCCAGGCCACGAAACUGACCUACAACCUCGGGGGCACCAAUGGCUCCCGUGAGCUCCAGGCAGGUAACGUGGCAGAGUUUGAGAUCCAGCAGUCCCAGCCACUCUACCUGUCUGCAGAUGUGGGCAUCCAAGUCCUGCUGUUUGGCACGGGUACCACCAAAGAUGGAGUGACCUAUGACCCCCACCUGGUCCUGAUCCCAGACGUGGCAGCCUACUGCCCUGCCUAUGUGGUGAAGUGCGUGCCAAACUGUAAGUGCGUGGCCCUGGUAGUGGCACCGACAAAGGCUGCUGGUGAGCUGACCAUAGAUGGGCAGAGGCUGGGGGCCAAUCUCACCUGGGCCGUUGUGCCAGGCAGUGAGUUCUCAUAUGCUGAAGUGGACCUCGGCACUAAGGACAGUAUCCAUGUGGCUGAGGCUGCUACCAGCUUUGGGCUGCUCACCUUUGGGCUGAACCAGGACGUGAGCUUUGGGACAGCAGCUGCGUGCGGCCGGACCCUGCAGACCCAGGAGCCCUCCUGCGAAGGCAAGCAGUGCGGUCCCAAGCAGCUCUGCAAGGUGCUGGAUGGGCAGGCCAGGUGCUUGGCAGACUCCGCGGCCACCUGCCGCGCCCAGGGUGACCCCCAUUACACCACCUUCGAUGGCCGCCGCUAUGACAUGAUGGGCACGUGCUUGUACUCGAUGGCGGAGCUGUGCAGCGACGACCAGACCCUGCCUGCCUUCAGCGUGGAGACCAAGAACGAGCACCGGGGCAGCCGCAGCGUCUCUUACGUGGGCUUGGUUACCGUGCGCGCCUACAACCACGCGGUGUCGCUGGCCCGCGGGGAAGUUGGCUUCGCUCGGAUCGACAGCCAGCGCUCACGCCUGCCUGCCUCCCUGGCUGAGGGCCGCCUGCGCGUGUACCAGAGUGGGACACGGGCCAUGGUAGAGCUGGACUUCGGGCUGGUAGUCACCUAUGACUGGGAUGCCCAGCUGGCACUGAGCCUACCCGUGCACUUCCAAGGCCAGGUGUGCGGUCUGUGUGGCAACUAUAAUGGUGACCCCACUGAUGACUUCCUUACACCUGACCGGGAGCAGGCUCCUGAUGCUGUGGAGUUUGCCAGUAGCUGGAAGCUGGACGACGAGGACUACCUAUGUGAGGACGGCUGCCAGAACAACUGUCCCUCCUGCACCCCAGACCAGGCCCAGCACUAUGAGGACAGCCGUCUCUGCGGCAUGCUGACCCAGCUCGAUGGCCCCUUUGCCGUCUGCCGUGAUGCCCUGGACCCCCAGCCCUUCCUGAAGGAAUGUGUAUAUGACCUAUGUGUGGCCAGUGGGGACCGGGCCAGCCUGUGCCGUGCCCUUAACGCCUACGCCCAGGCCUGUCUGGAGUUUGGCAUCUCUGUUGGGAACUGGAGGUUGCCAGCCAGCUGCCCCCUGUCCUGCCCCGCCAACAGCCGCUACGAGCUCUGCGGCCCCGCCUGCCCGGCCUCCUGCAACCCCGCCGCGGUGCCGUCCAACUGCUCCUCGCGCCCGUGCGUCGAGGGCUGCGUGUGCCUCCCGGGCUUCGUGGCCAGCGGCGGCGCCUGCGUUGCCGCCUCGUCCUGCGGCUGCAGCUUCGAGGGCCGCCCGCUCGCGCCCGGCCAGGAGGUGUGGGCCGAUGAGUAUUGCCGGCGGCGCUGCACCUGUGACGCUGCCACCCAGCAGGUGCGCUGCAGCGACACUCAGGGAUGCCCAGCUGGAGAGCGCUGCCGCGUCCAGAACGGUCUCCUGGGUUGUUACCCCGACCGUUUCGGGAGCUGCCAGGCGUCUGGGGACCCGCACUACGUGAGCUUCGACGGCCGGCGAUUCGACUUCAUGGGCACCUGCACGUACCUGCUGGCCGGCUCGUGCGGCCAGGCCGCGGGGCUGCCUGCCUUCCGGGUGCUGGUGGAAAAUGAGCAUCGGGGCAGCCAGACGGUGAGCUACACGCGCGCCGUGCGCGUGGAGGCUCGUGGUGUGAAGGUGGCCGUGCGCCGGGAGUACCCUGGGCGAGUACUGGUGGACGGCAUCCUUCAGUACCUGCCCUUCCAGGCGGCAGAUGGGCAGGUGCAGGUGUUCCGCCAGGGCCAAGAUGCUGUCGUGCGCACAGACUUUGGCCUGACUGUCACCUAUAACUGGGAUGCCCAUGUGACUGCCAAGGUGCCCAGCAGCUAUGCGGGGGCCCUGUGCGGGCUCUGUGGGAACUUCAAUGGGGACCCAGCUGACGACCUGGCUCUGAGGGGUGGAGGCCAAGCUGCCAACGCACUGGCCUUCGGGAAGAGCUGGCAGGAGGAAACAAGGCCAGGCUGUGGAGCAGCUGAGCCAGGCGACUGUCCCAAGCUGGACAACCUGGUGGCCCAGCAGCUGCAGAGCAAGAAGGAGUGUGGGAUCCUUGCCGACCCCAGUGGGCCCUUCCGGGAGUGCCACCACACACUGGACCCACAGGGUGCCGUGCGAGACUGCGUCUACGACCGCUGCCUGCUGCCAGGCCAGUCUGGACCACUGUGUGACGCGUUGGCCUCCUACGCUGCUGCAUGCCAGGCCGCCGGGGCCACUGUGCACCCCUGGAGGAGUGAGCAACUCUGCCCCCUGAGCUGCCCGCCCCACAGUCACUACGAGGCGUGUUCCUACGGCUGCCCGCUGUCCUGCGGAGACCUCCCGGUGCCUGGGGGCUGUGGCUUCGACUGCAAAGAGGGCUGCGUGUGUGAUGAGGGCUUCGUGCUCAACGGUGAGUCCUGCGUGCCGCUGCCCUCCUGUGGCUGCGUGUACGAGGGCACCUACCACCCGCCCGGCCAGACCUUCCACCCGGGGUCGGGGUGCAAUUCCCUGUGCCACUGUGAGGAGGGUGGCCUGGUGUCCUGUGAGCCCUCCAGCUGUGGCCCACACGAGGCCUGCCAGCCGUCCGGUGGCGUCCUGGGCUGUGUGGUUGUGGGUUCUGCCACCUGCCAGGCAUCGGGAGACCCCCAUUACACCACCUUCGACAGCCGCCGCUUCGACUUCAUGGGCACCUGUGUGUAUUCACUGGCUCGGACCUGCGGGACCCAGCCUGGCCUGGCCCAGUUUGCCGUCCUGCAGGAGAACGUGGCCUGGGGCAAUGGGAAAGUCAGCGUGACCAGGGUGGUCACUGUCCAGGUGGCCAACUUCACCCUGCGGCUGGAGCAGAAGCAGUGGAAGGUCACGGUGAAUGGUGUGGACAAGAGGCUCCCUGUGGUGCUGGCCGAGGGCCAGGUCCGCGCCUCCCAGCAUGGCUCAGACGUUGUGAUCGAGACUGACUUUGGCCUGCGCGUGGCCUAUGACCUCGCGUACAAUGUGCGGGUCACCAUCCCAGGCAACUACUACCAGCAGCUGUGUGGCCUGUGUGGGAACUACAACGGCGACCCCAAGGACGACUUCCAGAAGCCCGACGGCUCACAGGCAGGCAGCUCCAAUGAGUUCGGCAACUCCUGGCAGGAGGCAGUGCCAGGCUCUCCCUGCCUGCCCACCUGCAAGCCCGGCGAAAGCUGUGACACGGAGCUGGAGUGUAAACCUGAGCUGCAGGAGAAAUACGAGCAGCAGCAGUUCUGUGGGCUCCUCACCAGCCCCACGGGGCCGCUGGCUGCCUGCCACAAGCUGGUGGACCCCCAGGGUCCCUUGAAAGAUUGUGUCUUUGAUCUCUGUGUGGGUGGCGGGAACGAGAGCAUUCUCUGCAGCAACGUUCAUGCCUAUGUGAGUGCUUGCCAGGCAGCUGGAGGCCACGUCGAGCCCUGGAGGACCGAAUCUUUCUGUCCGAUGCAGUGCCCCCCUAACAGCCACUACGAGCUCUGUGCAGACACCUGCUCCCUGGGCUGCUGGGCACUCAGUGCCCCCCCACAGUGCCCAGAUAGCUGUGCCGAGGGCUGCCAGUGUGACUCCGGCUUCCUCAACGACGGCCAAGCCUGCGUGCCCAUCCAGGAAUGCGGCUGCUACCACAACGGUGUCUACUACGAGCUGGGGCAGACUGUACUCAUUGACAACUGCCAGCAGCAGUGCGUGUGCCACGCCGGAAAAGGCCUGCUGUGCCAGGACCACAGCUGCAAUCCAGAGCAGGUGUGCCAGCCCUCGGGAGGCGUCCUGAGCUGCGUCACCAAAGACCCGUGCCAUGGUGUGACGUGUCAGCCACAGGAGACAUGCCAGGAGAAGAAUGGCCAGGGUGUGUGCGUGCCCAACUACGAGGCCACGUGUUGGCUGUGGGGCGACCCACACUACCACUCUUUCGAUGGCUGGAACUUUGACUUCCAGGGUACUUGUAGCUAUGUGCUGGCAUCAACCAGCUGCCCAGGGAGCAGCGCCCAGGGCCUGACAUCCUUCACUGUCACCACCAAGAAUGAGAACCGGGGCAACCCCUCUGUGUCCUACGUGAGGCUGGUCACCGUGACCAUCCUCAACACCACCAUCUCCAUCCACAAAGGCGAGAUCGGCAAAGUCCGGGUGAACGGCGUGCUGACGGCAUUGCCUGUCUCUGUGGCCGGUGGGCAGCUUUCAGUCACCCAGGGCGUAUCGAGAGCGGUGCUGGCCACCGACUUCGGGCUGCGGGUCAGCUAUGACUGGGAUUGGCGAGUGGAGGUGACGCUGCCCAGUAGCUAUCACGGUGUGGUGUGUGGGCUCUGUGGGAACAUGGACCAUAACCCCAGCAACGACCAAGCCUUCCCUAACGGCACGCUGGCUCCCUCCAUACCCGUCUGGGGCGGCAGCUGGCGGGUUCCAGGCUGGGACCCACUGUGCUGGGAUGAAUGUCAGGGGUCCUGCCCAACAUGUGCCGAGGACCGACUGGAGGAGUACAGGGGCCCUGGCUUCUGUGGACCCCUGGCCCCUGGCUCCGGAGGCCCCUUCGCUGCCUGCCAUGCCCACGUGGCCCCUGAUAGCUUCUUCAAGGGCUGCGUUCUGGAUGUCUGCCUGGGCGGUGGGGCCCAGGACAUACUUUGCCAGGCUCUGGCUGCCUAUGCCGCUGCCUGCCAGGCUGCUGGGAUUGUCAUUAAGGACUGGAGGACGCAGGCCGGCUGCGAGCUCUCCUGCCCAGAAAACAGCCACUACGAGCUCUGUGGCCCCCCCUGCCCAGCCAGCUGCCCGUCUCCUGCACCCCCCACCGCCUCUGCCCCAUGUGGGGGCCCCUGCACCGAGGGCUGCCAGUGUGACUCAGGCUUCGUGUUGAGCACCGACCGCUGCGUUCCCCUGGAUGGUGGCUGCGGCUGCUGGGCCAACGGCACCUACCACGAGGCAGGCAGCGAGUUUUGGGCUGAUGCCACCUGCUCCCAGCGGUGCCACUGCGGGCCUGGCGGUGGCUCACUGGUCUGCAAGCCUGCCAGCUGCGGGCUAGGUGAAGAGUGUGCCCUACUGCCCUCAGGCCAGCAUGGCUGCCGCCCUAUCAGCACAGCUGAGUGUCAGGCCUGGGGUGACCCCCAUUACAUCACCCUGGAUCGGCACCACUUCAACUUCCAAGGCGCCUGCGAGUACCUGCUGAGUAUGCCCUGCCACAGACUACCCCCGGGGGUAGAGAACUUCACGGUCACUGUAGACAAUGAGCACCGGGGCAGCCAGGCCAUCAGUUACACCCGCACUGUCACCCUGCACAUCUACGGCCACAGCUUCACCCUCAGUGCCCGCCGGCCCCGACAGCUGCAGGUGGACGGCACGCUGGUGGCGCUGCCCUUCCAGCUGGACUCGCGCCUGCGCGCACACCUGAGCGGCGCCGACGUGGUGGUGACCACGGCCACGGCGAUCUCGCUGGCUUUCGACGGAGACAACAACGUGCGCCUGCGCGUGCCGGCGGCGUACGCGGGCACCCUUUGUGGCCUCUGCGGGAACUACAACCAGAACCCCAACGACGACCUGAAUGCGGUGGGCGGGAACCCGGACGGCUGGCAAGUGGGCGGCGCCGAGGGCUGCGGGGAGUGCGUGCCCGGGCCGUGCCCGCAGCCCUGCACGCAGGAGCAGCAGGAGCCCUUCGGCGGUCCCGACGCCUGCGGCGUGAUCUCUGCCCCCGACGGCCCGCUGGCUCCUUGCCACAGCCACGUACCGCCCACGCAGUACUUCCAGGCCUGCUUGCUGGACGCCUGCCAGGCUCAGGGCCAUCCGGGAGGCCUCUGCCCUGCCGUGGCCACCUAUGUGGUAGCCUGCCAGGCCGCUGGGGCCCAGCUUGGCGAGUGGAGGCGGCCGGACUUCUGUCCCCUCCAGUGCCCGGCCCACAGUCACUACAAGCUCUGUGGUGACUCCUGCCCUGUGAGCUGCCCUAGCCUCUCAGCGCCCGAGGGCUGCGAAUCCACCUGCCGGGAGGGCUGUUUCUGCGACGCUGGCUUUGUGCUUAGUGGAGACACCUGCGUGCCUGUGGGCCAGUGCGGCUGCCUCCACGAGGGCCGCUACUACCCGCUGGGCAAGGACUUCUACCCGGGUCCUGAGUGUGAGCGGCGCUGCGAGUGUGGGCCGGGCGGCCAGGUCAGCUGCCAGGAGGGCGCGGCCUGCGGGCCCUACGAGGAGUGCCGGUUACAGGAUGGCGUCCAGGCCUGUCGCCCUACAGGCUGUGGCCGCUGCCUGGCCAGCGGGGGCGUCCACUACAUUACCCUCGACGGCCGUGCCUAUGACCUGCAUGGCUCCUGCUCCUAUAUCUUGGCCCAGGUCUGCCACCCACAGCCUGGGGACGAGGACUUUACCAUUGUGCUUGAGAAUAAUGCGGCUGGAGAUCCCCAGCGUCUGGUGGUUACUGUGGCUGGCCAGGUUGUGGGCCUGGCUCGAGGGCCACAGGUCACUGUGGAUGGCGAGGCUGUAGCCCUGCCUGUGGCUGUGGGCCACGUGCGGGUGACCGCCGAGGGCCGGAACAUGAUUCUGCAGACCACCAAGGAGCUGCGUCUUCUCUUUGACGGCGAUGCCUACAUCCUCAUAUCCAUCCCUAGCCCCUUCCGUGACCGGCUUUGUGGCCUCUGUGGGAACUUCAACGGCAACUGGAAUGAUGACUUUGUCCUGCCCAGUGGCGCCAUGGCCCCCAGCGUGGAUGCCUUUGGAGCCGCAUGGCGGGCACCCGGCUCCUCCCAGGGCUGUGGCGAGGGCUGUGGGCCCCAGGGCUGCCCCCUGUGCUCAGCAGAGGAGACGGCGCCCUAUGAGAGCCUUGAGGCCUGCGGGCGGCUCCAGGAUGCCAAGGGCCCCUUCUCGGCCUGCCAUGCAGCUCUGAGCCCCUCUGAGUACUUCCGCCAGUGCGUGUAUGACCUCUGUGCCCAGAAGGGCAACAGUGCCACCCUCUGCCGCAGCCUGUCAGCCUACACAGCGGCCUGCCAGGCAGCUGGCGUGGCCGUGAAGCCCUGGAGGACAGACAGCUUCUGCCCGCUCCAGUGCCCUGCCCACAGCCACUACUCCAUCUGCACGCGCUCCUGCCAGGGCUCCUGUGCGGCUCUCUCUGGCCUCACGGGCUGCACCACCCGCUGCUUUGAGGGCUGCGAGUGUGACGACCGCUUCCUGCUGUCCCAGGGUGUCUGCAUCCCUGUCCAAGACUGCGGCUGCACCCAUGACGGCCGAUACUUGCCAGCGAACUCCUCCCUACUGACCUCAGACUGCAGCGAGCGCUGUUCCUGCUCCUCGAGCACCGGCCAGACGUGCCAAGCGGCCAGCUGUCCUCCAGGCCGCGUAUGCGAGGUCCAGGCUGGGGUCCGGGACUGCUGGGUCUCCCGUGGCCUCUGUUCCCUCUCUGUGGAUGCCAACCUCACCACCUUCGAUGGGGCCCGCAGUGCCGUCAGCUCCCCCGGCAUCUACGAGCUCUCUUUCCGCUGCCCAGGACUACAGGAGACCGUCCCGUGGUACCGUGUGGUUGCUGAUGUCUGGCCCUGCAAUGGCAAAGCAGCAGUUCUGGGCCACGUUCACAUCUUCUUCCAGGAUGGACUGGUGACUGUGACCCGAAUCAAGGGCGUGUGGGUGAAUGGUCUCCAAGUGGAUCUCCCAGCUGAGGUGCUAACGUCUGUGUCCGUGAGUCGGAAUCCUGAUGGCUCCGUGCUAGUCCAGCAGAAGGCAGGGGUUCGGGUGCAGCUUGGCACCGAUGGGCAGCUAGCUGUGGUGGUCGGCGAUGACCAUGCUGGGAUGCUGUGUGGGGCCUGCGGAAACUUUGACGCGGACCAGACCAAUGAUGGGCAUGACCCCCAGAAGGAGACAACACUGGAAAACUGGAGAGCACAGGACUUCUCCCCAUGUCUGGACUGAUCCGUCAUCCACCGGGAAUGAGGACUUCAGGACCUGAGCCCCCUGGAGGUUGCAAUAAUUGAGGGAUGCACUCUGUCACUGUAUGUCCCUCAUCCACUCUACCCCUUUGCUGAGCCACUGAGGCCAACUGGGAAAGCAUUGAAUAAAAAUCUUAAGCUAAGCUGCA